CUAAAAUAGGGCUAGGUAAUCCAAUAUGGCGGACAAUUUGGAAGAAUCUUUUGGCGAUUUGGGCAUAAAAACCUGGCUAGUGAAACAGUGCAGUGCAAUUGGUAUUAAAAAACCUACAGAGAUUCAAGCUAAGUGUAUUCCAGAGAUAUUAAAAGGCCGAGAUUGUAUUGGCUGUGCUAAAACGGGCAGCGGAAAGACCGCUGUUUUUGCUCUGACAAUACUACAACAUCUCUCAGACGACCCUUUUGGAGUGUUUGCGUUGAUUUUAACCCCCACAAGGUAUACAUAUGUCUUGCGACAUGAAUAAGUAUCGAGGAAAGUCUUUUACGGCACGUUUUACGGUCGUUUAUAUCUAGCAAUAAACACUUGCAGAUGUCUAUAUAAAUCACAUGAAACUUUAAUGUUUGUCAAAAGCAUAUUUAUAUGGUUAAUGGAAGGCUUUAUAAUCCGAUUGAUACCCAACCAUGUUUAACUAGCCUCACACUGAUUAGGUAAGCUUGUAUUGAAACCGUAGGAUGCUUGUUUAAUCAGGUUAUCUGUCCAUGUGUCUUGUUAACCCUGUAAGGGGUCACGUCCAUAUUCAUGUUGCCACGCAUAACGUCGAAUCGAAGUUAACACUCAAACCCACCCACCCACCCGAAAUAACGUCGAGCGUGGCAGUCACAUUCUUCAAAACUUUCACAAAAUUGUCAUUUUGCCAUGAGAUUAUCGAGAUAACGUCGAGAGAAUUGAGAUAAACCCAGCUACCCACUCAUAACGUCGAUUUGACGUUAUGCAUGGCAAUAUGAAUAUGGACGUGACCCCUAAGUGGCAUAUUUGUGCCCUGGUGAGCCUAUGUGCCGUAUGCUGUUUUACUCUGUUUACUGCCAGACAAUUUUACUCGAGGGAAGAGGACAAGUGCUGCACUCAAUGGGUUAAUACAAAUAUCGAAGUCUAAAAGCAAACAAUAAUAGUUAUUUUCAAUGAUAUAUUUAGGGAACUAGCAUUCCAAAUUGGAGAUCAAUUCAAAGCUUUGGGUAAACCAAUCAACUUACAAACCAUAGUAAUAACGGGCGGUAUGGACAUGAUGACGCAGAGUCUUGCGCUCGCUAAGCAACCACAUGUUGUCAUAGCAACGCCAGGCAGAUGUGCUGACCACUUGACGAGUACGGACACUUUCAACUUGCGUAGAAUCAAGUAUUUAGUGUUAGACGAGGCCGAUCGUCUGCUUGAAGACACGUUUGCAGCGGAUUUGGAAGUGAUAUUCUCCCAUGUGGCAGAAAAACGUCAAACUUUACUCUUCAGCGCAACUCUGAAUGAUACGAUCGAGGAGCUUUGUCAAAUCACAGCAACAGAUCCAUUUUGUUACAGUGUGCAGGAUAAGUAUGUAUAACUUACUACUACAAAAUACCAUUAGAGGAUCGAAAUUUAUAAAAAUUCCUCUAAAUAUAGAAAAUAAAUAUGGAAAAGCAAUUCUUUACUGUCGUUCCAAUUGAAGUGUUCCUAGAAUAUUGAUUCAAUACAUUACCUCAGGCUGACCAAUUCAUUUCAUCAAGUUCCUCGAGAUAUUCAUACACUUCCUGUGAAAGAGCCAAUUCCAAGUAUUUGAUCAUUUCUGGUCACUUCCUUUCUAUUUAUGAUUGGUUAGUUGCACAAACAACAAAGGUGAUUGGUGCAUUCAAAUUAUUCAACAGGAAGUUUACAAUUAUACUAGGAAGUGUAUGAAUAUUUCGAGGAACUUGAUCAAAUGAAUUGGUCAGCCCGAGGUAAUGUAUUGAAUCAAUAUUUGAGGAACACUUCAAUUGGAACGACAGUAAAGGCUGCCGCUCUUUGGUUGAAAAUUAUUUAGUUGUGUGAAGAAAUUGUGAAAUUUCUUAUUUUUUACUAGUUUUAAUUUGAAGCAAAAAAUCCCAGAAAUUUUCAUUAACAAAAGGUGGUCCAUAUGGUGGCAACCUAAAUUCACCCCCCCCCCAAAAAAAAAAAUCCUCUCCCCUAAUCACACCCCCCUGCAUUAUUUUGCAAAGUGUCUAUUACUUCUACCACCCCAUGCUCAUGAAAUGUUAUCUACUCUCAUAGUGUUGCAACAGUCGCUGAGCUAGACCAACGAUACCUCCUUAUACCAGACCAGGUGAAAGAUUGCUACAUGGUGUACAUUUUGCGCGAACAUACCGAGAAUAAAUCUGUCAUAGUCUUCACCAAGACUUGUUACAGUUGUCAAGUAUUGGCCGUCAUGUUUCGCAAAGUUGAACUCCCAUGUGUCACCUUACAUUCCCUAAUGUCCCAGUCUGAACGCCUGGCAUCCCUUGCGAAAUUCAAAACCGGAAUUGUGAAUAUCCUAGUUGCAACAGAUGUUGCAAGCAGGGGCCUGGAUAUACCGGAAGUCGAGUUAGUAUUGAAUACCAAUGUGCCACGAUCCCCGGAUGAUUACAUACACAGGGUCGGCAGGACAGCCCGUGCGGGACGUGGGGGCCUGGCACUAACGUUGCUAACUCAAUACGAUAUCAAAGCGUUGCAAAGUAUCGAGGAAAGGAUCGGGGUGAAGUUAGCUUCGUUUCAAACCACAGAAAAAGAAGUUCUGAGAUAUUUGAAAGGCGUUUCAGUUGCAAAACGUGAAGCGGAACUACGGGUCAGGGAUAGCGGAUUGUUUGAUAAGAGAAAUAUUCAUAAACAAAAACGAGCUAUCUUGGAAGGUAGAAGGCAAAAUGGUCGGCGUAAAAAGAAAAAAGUUUAAACAUGAUCACAUAAAGCUUGCUUUCUAUUUGGUGCAAAUGUAGUGACCUCACCGCUGUGAAAUAUUCUGGACCUACCUUGUGUUUUCUGUGCUAUAUCAAACUCAGUCUUUACUGAUUAUAGAUACAUUGGCCUCUAUUAUGCACGUGUCAGUCACACUAAAUUAGGCUCGUACGCAGCGCUGUACUGUAGAAUUGCUACAAGUCGAGUCGCAUUGUAACACUCAAUGGAAACCAUGCUUUAAGUUAACUAGCAAUGGGCUAUUACAUUUAAUAUCCGUACCCCCCCUGUCGAGGACCUCAUUUUCCAAGCGGGAAAUUAGUCAUCUUUUCCAGAGGGGUAGUUGGGAAAAAUGGAAGAAAAAUGCUCUUUCCAGAGGGGUUAAAAAGCAAAAAUGCCCUUCCAGAGGGGGUUCAAGUCUCUUCCAGAGGGGUCAAUUACACAGAUUUUUUUGCAUUCCAGAGGGGUACAAUUCCCCAAAAGCAGAGGUCCUCGACAGGGGGGGUUUGGUUUUUUAAUGUAAUAGCGCAAUAGUAACCCAGUUUGGACUGAUACAUGCUACGUUGGACGCUUGUAAGCUCUUGUAAAUCUGAUGCCAUUAAUUUAAAACUAGAAGUUACUAUCGCAAGUGAAAUGCUGCCUAUAGCCACCAUGUGACACAAUUUCUCUGCAAAAUAAUGAAUAAUGUACAAGUUCUGUAUAUCGCGUUCUUG